UAUUCCUUUUUUAUUCUUUUAGGAAAACAUCGAUGUUUCAAAACUUCGAUGAUUUUCUUCCGAUGAUUAUCAGCUAUCGAUGUUCACUAAAUAAAAAAACAUCGAUGGCCCUAGUUGCAAGGGCGAGAUUUUGCAUGAAACAAUCAUCAUCUGAAACAAACUUUUCGUCGAGAAAUAUUGCAUUAUAUGAAAAUGUCAUCGACCUGAUUAACUCGAGAUCAGUUUCCGAUCAACAAUCAUAGUUUACGAGAAAUCCUCAGCUUGUUUGCAGUUUUUCCCGAAUUUCUUGUAAACAGAUGAAAAAGACAAGUAUGUGGUAUUUUUUAAAAUGUAGUUAUGAAGUAUCAGUCCCUCUUACUAUUUUAUAUUUUGCGGUUAAAUUGAUUCUUCACUAAAAAAAUUCAUUUAAUCAUAUACUUUUCGAUGUGCUCAUAAUUUUUUUACAUUCCAUAAAAUCUUGAAUAAGAUAUUAACGACAUACAUUUAACAAAUAUUUUAAUGAUAAAUAAUAAUUUUAAAUAGUUGUUCCGACAUUGCCAUAUAUCUCUGGAUUAAAAACAGAACACAAUAUAGAAAUACGAUAGUCCGUGUUGUAUGGUCACGUAAUGAAAUUGGUAAACUAGUUAAUAGGUCAUGACUUGUAUAUAUGCUGCAAAGUUUACGAGUACGUUCAUCUUGCCAACUUCAUUUCAAUCGCAUUAAACAAAGAAAAUAAAAUGUUUGAUGUUCUGUUAGCUGAAAUCGUGAUUUAAUACAUUAGUUUGAUUAUUUAAAAAAUAAAUAAUGCUAAUGAAAGACAUAUUCGUUACUUUUAUACCGAGCGAUUCAUUCAAUUCUGAACUGUUAUUUUAGGGACCAUCAAAUAUAAUGAUUCAACCAUUAUCAAGUUUCCAAAAUGGAAAAAUCUAUAAAUAAUACUAGAAAAUUUUUCGUUUCAUUAGUAUGCAAUUAAAAAUAAGCAGAUUCCUCUUUUUUUCUGGAUGUAUAUACAAUGUAUUAUUAGCUUUGCUCGUGGUAGAUAUCCUGAACAUGUUCUGUCACCAAAUUAUGCGCAGAGUGAAAUCGUGCGUUCGCGGUGCUAAUAAAACAUCCUGUGUUCUGCAGUACAGAUUUCUACGUCCAAACAUGUUCUGAAUACGUCCAAUGGUUUUUCUUCGGAACAAAAGGCAUUAUCCAGAAAACAGUAUGUAGCUGAAAUGGAACGUGACAAUGACAAUUUUUAAACAUUUCCAUCUCCUCAGUUUCUUGUCUAUCGCACUGUACAGUCCGACAUAUUCGCAAAGCAUACCCGAUGAUAGAAAAUAUGGCUGCACAUGGCAUGGAGGUUCCGUAGCAAAACUAUCUUGCAAUUGUGAGCCUUGGGCUGAGAUGAUCCUAAAACCCAACUCUAUCGACUCCUAUUCUACUUCGGAAAUCCUCAUAAACGGCUGUAAAUCGAUCAGAAUAGAAGCGAACGCAAUAUCGCAAAUGAGAAACCUGAGAACUUUGGCUCUUAGUAACGUAGGAUCUAUAGAUUUUUCUAGCGACAGUAUCAAUUGGUAUGGAUACAAAGACUACAGCGGACGAUUAGAAGAAGAAAGAUUCGACAUAUCAGUCCCAUCUUUGAAAAUACACGUUUACGCAAGCAACAUAUCCCGAAUAUCUAGUCACGCUUUUGCUGGACGUAUCAGCGAGAUCACUUUAGAAGAUUUGAAUAUAGUAAAUUUAGAACCGUUGGCUUUCGUUAAUUUGUUACAAACCGAAAAAAUAUCACUAAGAAAUACGGUUUUGAUAAAUGUGGGAGUACAAGCUUUCAAGAAAUUUUCUACGGAACAUUUCGAACUAAUCAGUGUCACAGCCGAUUUAUUACCCAGCAGGGCUAUUUCUAAUAUCACCGUUUACCAAAACGUUACCAUCCACAAUUGUGUAUUCAAUACAAUCCGUUCCGGAGGAUUCACAAUUUACAAUCCGAAAGUAUUACAAGUUACGAACAAUAAAGUGCAACAUUUAAGCGGUGAAGCUUUCAAAGUAAUUUCGAGAGGUUUCGUCCUGUUUCGAGAUAACGAUUUUGGAUUUGUCGAUGACGGUGCUUUUCUUGGUGUAAAAAUAAGAAAAGAUACUCAUCCCGGCGAUCCGACUUUUAUAUUCGAUUCCAAUAGAUUAUCAAAUUUGAGUAGUUCUGCUUUGCAAACAUUCGAACCAGGCGUUCAAUUUAAAAAUAUUUAUCUCGGUGAAAGCUGUGAUUGUUUAGGUGUCGAAGAAAAAAUUAAAGAGAGUGAGUAUUACGCGGAACUUCAAUGUCUGAACGACGGUCAAUAUACGACGGUGGAAUAUUUCAAAGUCCACAUGUGCUCGGUUGUCAGCAACUAUUUUGUUAUGAUAAUUAUCGUUUCCGUUAUCGGUUGUUUGCUUAUAGUCGUCGUUUCUGGCUUGUUACUGUAUUACAAGUUCGUUUACAGGACUAGGAAAUACGGAAAUAAGAAUAGUUCCAAAAAAGGACCUUUAAGUCUUAUCGUACCAGAUGGUAGAACGUAUAGAGAAACAGAAUUGCACGUUAUUGUUGAAAGAACUGAUCUCCUUACAACUGAUUUGUAAAUAUUCAUUAUUAUAUUUAUUUAUUAAAAUAUUAUCAACUA